AUGGUUAACAACCACAAACCUGGUAUAUGGGGAGCUGCUCUCGGCAAACUACGAAAGACCUCACAGUCUUCGCAGUCUUCGCAGUCUGCAACUCAAGCUACACGUGAGCAAGAGACUCCCCGUGCGCUUGCCCAGGACAAACAGCUUGUUUAUCCUCGUUUCCAGCGCCCUGUGUCGGACGAUGCCCCUGUUUAUUCUGAAUUCAUGUUCCCACCCACUCCUCUCCCAACUGUCCCCAUGGCGGACAAUGCCAAUCUUGAUCCUCUAGCAAUGGCUUCUACCAUUUCCAUGGCUCGCCUGAAUGCUCUGAAGUCAGGAAAGGACUUGGAUUUGUUUAUCCAACGGGGUAAGAACUGUAUUGAUGCGUAUGCCCAGGCCACCAAGGCCAUUAUGGAAGAGGCUUGUGCCCGCGUCAAAGAUGGAGAGGCCCCUCCACAUGAGGAGAUUGAACGGAUGAAGGAACGUUUCUACAAGUACUGCCAGUCAAUUGUGGAGGAAGCAUUGUCCAUAGUCUCAGACGGUACCGAUCACCCCCGGAAGGCCGAAGCUCCCAGCAGCUUGACCAUGCCUUCAAUGAUCUCCUCAACUUCAGCCACUAUAUCUGAGGGAAGAACACCCUUCGAAUUUGGCUCGCUUGUUGACAGAUCAGGAUUCUCUGAGACAUUGCUCGCAUCUAGCGGCCAGCGCCGCCUUCGCCUCUACACCGUCAGCAGUGACGAUUGGGUCAUGGUCCCAUCAGUGCCCUCGCCCACAACCCCAACCAAGCUCGUGGUCCCCGAAAACAUGGAUCCUGUUGAGGAAUCGAUUCAUCUCGGUGUCAUCGUGCGCAUUUUCGGCAAGUUGUAUACAAUGUCGAAGAUGAUGGAGAUUAUCCUCUUGUAUUACGGCGCCGAGCCGGACAACUACCAGACCGGUCUGCCAUACUGGAUCAGACGCAGCGAGCAAAACAUUCGCUCCCAGAAGAUUGCUGUGCUAGUUGACACUGUCGAAAACCUUUACUAUGCCCUAUAUGCGCGCAUAACAAUUGAGCUGGCCUGCAUUGAGCUCUGCGGUUCCUACCCAGUCGACACUAGUGCAUUGCGGGUUGAGAUGCCAUUCCUUAUGCCAGAGGCUGAUCAUCUCUACCGCAUCGUCCUAGCGUUCAAGGAAGUACUAGACUCUCCAGAGAUCUGCGCAAUCCUUCGGACAGACAUCAUCGCCUACUUCCAACAAGGAUACAUCAACCAGAUUAUGAAAAAGAAGAGCCAGAAUGAGGUCCCUUUCUUUGACCCCCUCGGAUACCGCCCAUUUGCAAUGAGGACUGUCUCCUACAGACAGGGAGCCUACUGUCAGAAAUGGAAAGGACUUAUCCCAUUCUUUGACCUUAUCCCAGCAGAGACCAUGGCAGUAAUGUCGGAGAAGUAUCUCACUAUGACUCCAGUGAGUAUUCCGCCUGACGACGUUCCAUUCGAGGAGCUGCCAUGGAUCCCCUUGGAGGAUGUGCCAACGACUGUCUGGGACACGGAUGUUGUGAAAGAUAACCGCUUGUCGGAUACUGCUAAAGGUCUGGGAACAACCAUCGGAGAAUUGCGCAGGACGGAGUCUAUCCCUAGACUUUACAACCUUGCCAGGCGACGAAAGUGCAUUUGCAACUCUAUCUGUGGAUGUUCCUGGGAGUGUACCGACAAGAAUCGCCGCGACUGUCCUUGUGCAGAACGACAUGUACGCAUCAUGGCGACCAAGCGUGGUCUUGCAUACAGACGGAAUCUACCAGCUCCUGCUUUCCCUGCUACUGCUUCUACCACUGCUCGCAUGUUCUUCGAAGGUUUGGCUGAGCUCAAACGUGAUGUCAAGGCUGCUGAUAUCGCCAAUGUAUUGAACCAUGCUUUUGAACUGUUUUCUCUGUUGAUUGCAAGGGAACGCGAGAUGACUUCCAGGGGAGGCUCCCAGGAAAGCUUCUAA